AUGCAGUAUGUCUUGCUCAUGCUUGCUCUCCCAUUCUUUGAUGCCUCAGGACAAGUCUCACCUGAUUUCAACUUGACUGAACAACCCUUGUGUAGAUUGGUGGUCAGCUGGCUGCUCGAACAAAAUAUCGACAAGACAUCAGAUGAACAGCUGAGGUUCUUUUUGUUCUUGAACCCAGACAAUAAACUGAUCGAUUGUUCGGAGGAACUUCCCGACAGAAAGCUCAACAACUCAAACAUUGUGAAGGAUUAUAAGAAGAAAUGCUCCAAAAAACCAAGUUUGAAGGACAAGAGGAAUUCGUUGCAGCACCAGAGGCAGAACAGCAGUUCGGGCACUAAAUCACCUCAGCCUCCUCUCCAUCAGAGUGAGGAUGAAGAUGACGUUAGCACAUCUAUGGUUGCAUCUGCAGUUGUUGCUGACAAAAGCUUCAUAUGCCUGGCCGUUCUUGACCAGCGCUUGGUGAGCGUGUCAAUAAAGUUUCAGUCGGAUGAAAACGUUCGCAAGAUGUCGUCUGGUGAUGAUGACAACACCACUGAUGAGGUCAUCAUGACAGUCGAUCGCAACCAACCACAGUGUCUCAUGACACAUCUCUCUUCAAUGUCAACUGCCAGAUGUGGCUUCGGAGUUGGAGUGGCAAAUGGAAACAUCAUUGCUGUUGGUGGUUACGACAGAGGUGAGUGCUUCAACACAGCUGAAAUAUACAGUCCAAUCACAAACUUGUGGUGUCCUAUCAAGCCGAUGAGCACACUUCGUGGAAGAUUUUCUGCCAGCAUGUUGAAUGGCAAGUUGUACGCCUGUGGAGGUUCCAAUGGCACGAAUGAAUUGAAUUCGAUUGAGGCAUACGAUGUCGCCAGUGAUACCUGGAUUAAUGUUCCUGAUAUGGCUAUCAGGAGGUCUGGUGCAGGUGUGGCAGUGUGUGGUAACAAGUUGUUUGUAGUGGGUGGCUUGUGUGGCUCCAAAACGUUAUCUUCGUGUGAGAUGUAUGACCCAGCUGCCAACAAGUGGACCAAUGUUGCUAAUCUCAGCACUGGUCGUUCGCAGGCUGCAGUAUGUUCGUAUGGUGAAACGUCGAUUGUGGCGCUUGGUGGCUGUGAUGCCUGGAACUUCAUGAACACCUGCGAAUGUUACGACCCACUCACUGAUACGUGGUCCUUCCUGCCUUCACUCGUCGUCGCCAGGAGAGGAGCCGGGGCCGCGUAUUUCAAAGGAAUGUUAUUUGUUGUGGGAGGCAGCAACGAGCAGACGACCUUGACAUCUGUGGAAAUCUUUGACCCAGACAACAACUGCUGGUUUGCUGGUCCUAGUCUUGGCAUCCCUCGAUCCAUCAUGGGAGUUACCGUCCUGGAAGGCAACAGACUUUUUGUCAUCGGUGGAUUCAGUGGGAAGAAUUUUUUAAAAUCUCUUGAAUGUUUAUCUUAUGAUUCGGAUGAGUUCUGCUCCUACUUGCCUGCUGGCUCCGAUAUCGAGAGCAUUAUGAGAGCUGACAGUAUCAGGAAGUUUAAGUUUCAGAACUGUAUGUCAUCGAGAUCCAGCCACACCAGUUCGACAUACAGUGACUCUCCAAAAUCACCGCAACUGGAUGAUGUGGCCAACACUGUCACAAGAAACAUCAACUCAGAUUCGGAAAUCAGCAGUAGUUGUUCCCUCGAAGAUUUGAACAAAGAUUAUCACUUCAACCAUCACUCAACUACGAGUUCGGCAUUCGGUGAUAAUAAAAUGGUUAAUGGUACUGCUGCUGCUGCUGCUUCUUCUCUUGCUGGGGAUGCUUCCUUGAGUAAUGGCGGUGGCUGUGGUGAAAUCAGCGGCAAUCAUGUUGAUCUCUAGGUGCAGAAUUUCUCGCGUUCUUGUUUACGAUUGAUGAUAUAUAUUUUUCAGUUGCAUUUUAUCGAAUUUCUUGAUUAAAUGGGUACAUUUAAUUGUUGUGACGGUUUAUUUUUAAAACAUUAGUUUUAAUAUCGUUGUGAAUAAUUUA